GUUGUCCUCUUCCCCUCGGCGCGAGAUAUCCUCCCUCCUCCUCCUUCGUCCCUCCCGCACCAACUUCCCACUCGCUUGCCCCGCCCCCUCUUCCCCUCUCCCGCCUGAUUUUACUAACCGCUUCUCGGAUCAGCACCAGACCCACCGCUAUAAUAGCGCGACCAGCAAGCAACCUAGCUAGUGGUUCCCCCUCGCCUCGCUGCUUAAUACUAGUACGGCGCUCCUCCUCGUGUCGCGUUUCGGCUGUUAGCGGCUGCGCGGCUAGGGUUAGGGUUCGCGGGCGCAUGCGCGCGGGAUGAUGACGCCGCAGCGGUCGCCGGCGGUGAUGCUGGGAGGAGGAGGAGGAGGAGGAGGAGGGGGAGGGGGCGGGACGCCGGCGCUGCACUACCUGAGCGGGCCGUACGGGGACACCACGUACACCAAGGUCUUCGUGGGGGGCCUCGCCUGGGAGACGCGGAGCGAGGGGCUGCGCGCGCACUUCGAGGCCUACGGGGACAUCCUCGAGGCCGUCGUCAUCACCGACCGCGCCACCGGGAGGUCCAAGGGUUACGGAUUCGUGACCUUCCGGGACCCAGAGUCGGCAAGGAUGGCUUGCAUGGAUCCGUAUCCAGUGAUCGAUGGGCGGCGUGCUAAUUGUAAUCUUGCCAUCCUAGGGCGACCUGGUCCAGCUGUGCCUUUUUCACCUAUGAGGCCGGUCAUUCCAUAUGGCGGAGGUGCGGCGGUUCCAGGGAGCAUGUAUGUACAGAGCCCAACAUAUCAGCAACCCCCCUACAACUACUCACAGGCUCUUGUGUAUCCUCCUUAUGGGCCAUCAACAUAUGGACCUGAAUACAUGUAUCCACAGAAUGCCUAUGGUCCAUAUGUUGGACAACAGUAUGUUCCAGUCUAUGGUGGUCCCAGAGCAGUAGGCCCAGCAGUUUACCCAUAUGGGCAGUUCGGCCAGCCUGUGCCAAGUGAACAUUCGUAUUCACCUGGCUAUGUACCAAGUCACCUUCUCCCACUAUCUAAUCAGAAUGCUGCAAAUGUGCGCGCAUCAACAGUUCAGCAACAAUAUCCUCCAGGAGCUCCACGCCCUCAGCAACUGAUCCCUGCUCGUGCACCACAAUUUCCUCCAAACAACAUCUCCGAACAAAUGUCAGGAUGACAGAGGAUGCCAGUGACAAAUUUGAGGUAUCCUCUAGUCUGCAGCAGGACUAAGAACAGCAGCACUGCUAAUUGGGCGGCAUGCUUCUUUUCUUGCAAAUUGUUUUCUCUUGCAUCUUUAAAGGUCGUCCUUAUUCAUGGUUACCUUCACCUUAUAAUGUGAAUGUUAAGAUGCCCCGUCGGAUGGGGCAUGAAAAGCGAGAGCUGGAAAUGAAGCCACUCUUGCUCAGCUUCUGUUAAGUGUCUGUACAUUCCCCAUCCCCUGCCAGGAAUUCUGAUAGUUGGUGGUCUGUUCAUCGACCAAAUUGGAUGCCGGAAAUGGAGUCCGGACCUCCAACCUGUGUAUAAUAGUAGCUCAUGUAGGGUCCAAAUCGUAGAACAGCUCAAUUCUUUCAAAGUGUUGCACCCAGUUCAUGCUGUGUAUACCAUUCUCUAGUCCUUUCUGUACCUAAGCGCAUGUGGUCGUCUAGAUCUUUUGAUGUCAUGUCUUUAGUUGUGUAAAUUAUUAUCCUAAACUGAAACUCUAUAUCAGUUAUAUGCGGCGUGUAAUUAAAUAAGGCCAAUUCUACCCUGUAAAAGAAUAUGAUCUGUUGCAAGUUGCAACGCAUGGAAGGAUGUUGGUGUUUUCGUGGUUCAAA